ACGCCCCUGUCGACUUCCUUCGCUUCUUUCAAUCUUCGCUUGCUUGACCGACCUCCCCGCUGGGCUAAGAUGGCGGCUGCUGUCAGGGCUAUCGGGAGCUUGACGCGCUUCACGGCCGCUGCCAAGUAUUGCUCGAGCCGGAGCAACCUCUUAGAUUAUGCUUGCCGAAACCUCAGCACUUCCCCUGUCGUUAAAUCUAGAACCCAUGUUAAUUAUGACAUCAAAGAAGAUGUUGCUGUCGUUCGUUUUAACUCCCCUAAUUCCAAGGUAAACACAUUGUCCAAGGAAAUGCAAGCUGAAUUCGUAGAUGUAAUGAAAGAAAUAUGGAGCAACGAUGCUGUCAGUAGUGCGGUCCUUAUCUCAGGAAAGCCUGGCUGUUUUAUUGCAGGGGCAGACAUCAACAUGAUUGAGGUUUGUGGGUCCAGCCAAGAAAUAACUGAACUAUCUCAGGAAGGACAGAAGAUGCUGCACAGCCUUGAAAAGUCACCCAAACCCAUUGUCGCUGCAAUCAGUGGUUCCUGCCUUGGUGGAGGGCUAGAGGUUGCCAUCGCUUGCCAAUAUAGAAUAGCCACUAAGGAUAAAAAGACAGUCCUGGGGACUCCUGAGAUGUUGCUGGGGUUGCUUCCAGGGGCAGGAGGCACACAGAGAUUGCCAAAGAUGGUAGGAAUUCCUGCCGCCUUUGACAUGAUGUUGACUGGAAGAAAUAUUCGUGCUGACAAAGCAAAAAAAAUGGGACUAGUAGACCAGCUGGUGGAUCCACUAGGUCCAGGUAUCAAGAGCCCUGAGGAACGGACCAUGGAAUAUCUAGAAGAGGUGGCCAUUACAUUUGCCCAAGGACUAGCCAACAAAACAAUUACCCGAAAGGUUGACAAAGGGCUGAUUCAGAAAGUGACGGAUUUUGCCUUCACAAUUCCAUUUGUAAGGCAGCAAGUAUACAAAACAGUAGAAAAAAAAGUGCAGAAGCAAACCAAAGGACUUUAUCCUGCACCUUUGAGCAUCAUCGAGGUAGUGAAGACUGGCCUAGAACAAGGCAAUGAAGCUGGCUACCUUCUCGAAUCCCAGAAAUUUGGGGAACUUGGGAUGACUCCUGAAUGCAGGGCCUUAAUGGGGCUCUAUCAUGGUCAGGUACAGUGCAAGAAGAACAAAUUUGGGGAGCCCAAGGAACCAGUCAAGAAUCUUGCUAUUCUGGGAGCAGGUUUGAUGGGUGCAGGAAUUGCUCAGGUUUCUAUGGAAAAGGGUCUUAAGAUCAUAAUGAAGGAUACUACUCUGGAUGGCUUGAGCAGGGGACAGCAGCAGGUCUAUAAAGGCUUGAAUGAUAAAGUGAAAAAGAAGAGUCUGACGUCAUUUGAGAGAGAUAUGCUCCUAAGUAGCCUCAAGGGACAGCUGGAUUACAAGGACUUUAAGAAAACUGACAUGAUCAUUGAAGCUGUCUUUGAAGACCUUAACAUCAAACACAAAGUGCUGAAGGAGGUGGAAGCAAUUAUCCCUCCUCAUUGUAUCUUUGCCAGCAACACAUCUGCUCUUCCCAUCCAUCAGAUAGCUGCAGCCAGCAAAAGGCCAGAAAAGGUGAUUGGGAUGCACUACUUCUCUCCUGUGGAUAAGAUGCAGCUGCUAGAGAUCAUCACUACUGACAAGACAUCCCCAGAAACAGCAGCUUCUGCUGUGGCUAUUGGUCUCAAGCAAGGAAAAGUCAUCAUUGUGGUUAAGGAUGGUCCAGGAUUCUAUACAACUAGGUGCCUUGUUCCCAUGUUGGCUGAAAUUGUCCGUAUGCUUCAGGCCGCAAAUCAGGAAAAGGCUUUUAUCUUUACAAGCAAGGCGUAAAGAAUCGGGAUGUCAACAGUGGAAUGAAUGAAAUUCUAGAGAAAUUCAAAAUAGUUGCCAACCCAGAGGUGUCCACAGGGAAAGAUAUCCAAAUGCGUUUGGUGACUAGAUUUGUGAAUGAAGCCAUUCUGACCUUACAAGAGGGCAUCCUCAGCAAUCCUGUGGAGGGGGACAUUGGAGCUGUAUUUGGACUAGGCUUUCCACCAUGCCUGGGAGGCCCCUUCCAAUAUGCAGACCACUUUGGGGCCCAGCAGCUCGUAGACUUCAUGAAGAAGUACGAAGAUGUCUACGGGUGUCAGUUCACACCAUGUCAGUUGCUGCUUGACCAUGCCAAGGACUCCAGCAAGAAAUUUCACAAGAGAAUUGCCUGAAUUGGCAUCUGCUAACCAAAAAGAAAAGGGGAAGACCCACAAGACAUCUUCGUAUCGGAGGGCUGUGGGUUUUAACUCUUUUAAGUGCCUUAGUUAUUUAGGCACUACUACUUCCUGGCCCACCCCUCAUCAGGCUGAAUGUUGAUUUCCCCAUUAUCACGAGAAAGAAUGGGGAGGUUUCUGCUCAAAGUAAUUCUGCUCAAAGUAUGGUACUUUUCAGGCCCAUUACAAGGAACUACACAUCGGAAAACAGAUGUAGCUUGCAGAAAAUUCAUAAGAAUAAAUUCUAGUGUAUUGUUCUGUA